CAAUUGAGUAGAGACCCUCCAAGAAAUUUCCCAAGUCUGAAUAGGCAGCAUGAUGCUCUGUUCCCUGGAUUUGCAAAGUCACAAUCCCAAAGAGUGGGAAAGUCUGGUGGUUCAAAAGGUGGUUCAGUUAGUAGUAAACCAGGAAUUAUACAUGUUUCAUUAUCAUUAAGAGAUGAAGUUAAAUUACAUGAAACUGAAAAUGCUUGGAAACCAUCCCAUAUGAAAAAUGUUAAUGUUAAUGACGACAGCAGGCAAACUGAAGAAUUGUAUAAAAAAGUACGAGGAGUCCUCAACAAGCUUACGCCACAAAAAUUCGAAACCUUGGUUAGGCAAGUUAGGGAUCUUGAUAUUAACACUACAGAAAGACUUAAAGGUGUUAUGGAUUUAGUAUUUGAAAAGGCUGUUGAUGAACCUAGUUUUUCUGUAGCUUAUGCAUAUAUGUGUAAAGAGUUAGCUCUUAUCCAAGUUCCUGCUGACCAACAAAACGGUCAAUCUUCAACUGUUGAAUACGUCAAUUUCCGUAAAUUGCUCUUAUCCCGUUGUCAAAAUGAAUUUGAGAAAAAUACAGUAGAUGAAACCGCAAGAGAAGUUAAACUGAAAGAAAUUGAAGCGUGUACAGAUCCUGAGAAGAAGAAGGAACUACAGUUUAAUUUAGAAGAAGAAGAGCGAAAGAUUCGUGUUAAAUCUGUUGGAAAUGUUAGAUUUAUUGGAGAGUUAUUCAAACAAGGUAUGUUGACCACAAAAAUCAUGAUGCAGUGCCUUAGGAUGCUACUGCAGUCAAUUGAAGAAGAAAGCCUCGAGUGCCUGUGCAAAUUGUUGACGACAAUUGGCCGAGAUUUAGAAAUUAACAAAAAUCAAGAUUUGAAACCUACUUUUCUUAAAAUGCAAGAAAUUGUUGAUCGAAAACAUGGGAAAAUUAGCAGUAGAGUUAGGUUUAUGCUCCAAGAUGUAAUUGAAUUACGACUAAACAAAUGGAAACCCCGACACAAUGACACGAACCCAAAAACAAUGGAUCAAAUUCAGAAGGAAGCUGAAAAUGAACAAAUGCAAAUACAAUUGAUGAAUUCUACGCCUACUCCCAGAAAAGAUAACGACAGGAGGGGCAAUAUGGGAAGCAUGGGCUCAAACGAUGGCAGGAAGAGAAGUCAAAUGAACGAAGAUGGAUGGUCUACUGCUGGAGGAAGGGGUUCACGCAGCGGUCACUCAUUCCCAGACAUGAGCAAACUUAGACAAUCUUUGAUGCCAGCGAUACAUGCUACAGAAGACAUUUCAUUAGGUAAACCCCAGUACGGUAAUUGGGGCCAUGGUAGCAAUAUGAAGUCUACUCCAUCACAAAUUAAUUAUUAUUCGGCAUUGGAGAAUGUUGAAGACGACAGACGAGGCUCCAGAAAUAAAAAUGAUCCUGGAUAUCAUUCUAAAGGACCUUCCAUGGAAAGAUACAAGAAAUAUGAUGAGAAUCGUUCUUCGCGAAGCGGCUCUCAACAUCGAUCCAGAGACAAUUCUUCAUCUCGGUCACAUGCACCUCUUCAUACGGGUAGCGGUCGUUCACAACAAUUACCAGGCCCAAUGAGCAACAUGCCUCAAAUGACCAGACAAGGUUCAAUGCCGCCACCAGUAAUGACCCCUGCUUUUAACCAACCCCCACCACAGAGUCAAACUCAACCUCAAGUGGACAGUAAUAUUCCGAAAGAAGAUAUUCCAGAGAAACUACUGAAUAAGAUGAAACUUAGAAUUGUUGAUAUUGUAGAAGAUUAUGCAAAUAGUUCGUUCAAAAUUGAAGCUGCUGGUCAAGAAAUUCAAUCUCUAUGUACAACUAAUCAGCUCUACGGGUUCCUUAGAGAAUUAUACAUGGCAUGUUUAGAGAAAAAUCAAGUUCUAAGAGAAAAAGCUGCUCAAAUUGUAGUUCAUAUGAUUAAAAAUAAGUUGCUUCCUAUUAAAAGCUACUUGUGUGGUCUAGAAGAAGUCUUGGAAUUUGCAGAUGAUCUUCGGGUUGAUAUUCCUAAGAUGUGGGAGUACUUGGCAGAUUUAAUCGCGCCCGUUCUUGCGUCUGAAUGUGUAAACUUGAAAGACAUUCAUAAAAUAUCACAUGUACUGAUAAGUCAAGAUUUGGCUGGGGAAUUUAUAGCUGCUAUUUUUAAAACUAUAUCAAAAGAAAAAGGACCUGGUCGAGUUAAAGACAUAUGGGCAAAAUCUGGUUUAUCUUGGAAGUCAUUCAUGGAUGAAAAGAAAGUGGAUGAUUUUGUUAAAUCAAAGGAACUGGAUUAUGUCACUGGAGGAGCAAUUCAUGCUAUAAAUAGCUCAAGUCAUCUUAGUAUGAAACAAAUUCAAGAAAGAAUAUUGAAAUUUAUGACUGAAAAUGAUUCCGAUGCAAAUAUUGAACAAUGGAUAACUAUGAAUGUUGGUGAUAUGUCAAAUACUCCUGCGUUUGCCAGAACUCUAAUGACAGCUGUAUGCGAACAUUCCGUAACUAAACAUUCAAAGGCGUGGGUUUUAUUGGAAAAUGUAUUCAAGAAACAUUAUGAUCUACUGACAACAUACAUUUCUAACAAACCCGAUUGUGAACUUCAAGCGCUUUAUGCCAUUCAGUGUUACAUGCAUAAAUUAGAAUAUCCACAAGGUGUUUUAGUGCAAUUGUUUAAUAUGCUUUGGGAUUCGGGUAUUAUAACAGGAGAUUCUUUCUUGCAAUGGAAAAAUAGUACUGACCCUGCAGAAAUUGAAGGAAAAGGUGUUGCUGAGAAAUGCCUCGUGUCUUUCUUCACCGUUCUGCAAGAACAAGAUGAUGAGUCCUCCACCGAGGAGUGACAGCUUGAAUCAUGACUCCUUGGGCUUCCGGUUAAUGAAGUCAUGCUACUAUGUGACUUUAAAAAGCAAGAUUAAAAAUAAUAUUGCAAUGUGGUGCGUUUGCGUAAAUAAACCGUGGGAAGUAAACCUACACUGAGACUUUAACCUAUUUAUAGACAUAUAAAAUAUAAUUCUUAAAUAUUAAAACCUUAGAAACUUACUAUAUAAAUUGUAAUUUAAAAACAGGUUGAAUAUAAAGUAUAAAUAAUUAUAGAAGAUUGAUUUCCUUAACAGUGAGUGUUAUGUUAAAAAUAUAUAUUUAAUACAUGAAAUGGACAAUGUUUCAUUUAUUGAAACGAACUUCUUGACUAUGUCUGCAAUCGAUGACUGUGAGUUAUAUAUAAAAGUUUUCUUAUAUACUUACGUGUAUAUAUAUAAG